AAAGAUAAGAUGAUGCCUGGUGUCACUCCAAAGAGCAACGAAGAGACCAUCGGAUAAAACCUCACAAUGAUCAUGGAUUCAUGUGUAAUCCGGUUAUCGUCCCCAUUAAGAAUCGCACAGUGCUCUCUGCGCGUGACGCAUCGAACCCACAACCACAACGCAUUCUCUCUCUCGUUCUCAUCGUCGUCAACCUCUGCCUCUCGAAAUAAUCCCCGGAAGAAGCCACCGAAGCUGGAAGUCGGCGCCGGGGCCAAAAGGGGAGCUGCGUUCGACGGAGCUGCGUUCGACGAAGCCGCCUACGAGGCCGAGCGGCUCCGGCUCGACGCCGAGGCUCGGGAGUUGAUGGCGGAGACGUCGGAGCGGGAAGAAGCCGAGGACCCGAGAGCGUGGAAAUGGGUGAUCCGGAAGAGGGUGUGGGAUUUCAUGGAGGCCAAUAACGUGGCCCAGAACCCCCGCCCCGUUCACCACCGCAUCCCCAACUUCGUCGGUGCGUCAGCAGCUGCUGGCAAGUUAAGCGAGUUGGAAAUUUUUCAAGUUGCAGAGUGUGUGAAGGUUAAUCCGGAUUCACCCCAGAAGCAAGUCAGGUUCCUCACUCUCUCUGAUGGAAAGAAGUUGCUGACGCCUCAACCCCGUUUGAGGACAGGUUUUUUCUCUGUUCUUCAGUCCUCUAUGUUGGCCCCUCAUACCGUCAAUGAGGCUUGUACCUCUGUGGGGGUUGCCAAGUAUGGAAGGCCAAUCGGAUUGGAUGAGAAGAUAAAGGUGGAUCUGAUUGUGAUUGGUUCCGUUGCAGUUGACCCUAGAACCGGUGCUCGGCUUGGGAAGGGUGAGGGGUUUGCAGAACUCGAGUAUGGCAUGCUACAAUAUAUGGGAGCUAUUGAUGACUCGACACCAGUCCUCACCUCCGUGCACGACUGUCAAUUAGUGGAUGACAUUCCAGCAGAGAAAUUGUUAAUCCACGAUGUGCCAGUGGAUGUGAUAUGCACUCCUACACAGGUCAUUUUCACUAACACUUCCAUUCCAAAGCCCCAAGGAAUCUACUGGGAUAAACUCUCCCCUGAGAAGCUGGGUCAAAUUCGUAUUCUGAGGGAGCUCAAGCGCAGAAUUGAGCAGGAAACUGGACAAAAGCUUCCUUGUGGUCCAUCAGAGAAAUUACCCCCAACAGCUCAACGGAGCCGCUCUGAAUUCUCAAGAUAAAUAAGACCGAUCCACGAUGAAGAACAUUAGGAUUUGUAGAGUUUGUGUAAUAUACUGCUUCGAGCUAGCAGAUGGUUGUCACGUCGGCUGGUUAACAUUACAUUUUACUUUGCUUUGCCUUUGUAUUGGUGUCGGCGCCUAUGUCUCGCUCUCAAAUGAUUGUUAGCUCUGUGUGCUACCGCGAAUGAAAGGGGAAGCAAUUAGGUUUCAUUUGAAAA